GUGUGUAGUCAUCACUCAGCGCCUGCCAAGUCAUCGCAAAAGACAGCCACAGCUCAGAUUGAGGCGAAUUUCUCGCAAUCGCUGAGAGAUCUGUGUCUGGUGUUUUUCGCUCAGCUAUCACCAGACAUCUACGCUGAGUGCCUUGACAGAGUCUUUAGGUAUGUGACUAGCAGUCUGGUGAUGAAGGCCAUGAAACCCAUCGGUUACAUGUGCGAGGCACUGGUCACGGCACAGCCGCAGAUUGCGCUCAAACGAUUCAUCCCAUUCUUAACCGAUCGCAUCAGCAGUAGCAUACGGUAA